AUGACGACAACCACCUCAAGACGCAUUGCGAAAAGCUUCGUGUCGGCUGCCCAGCAAGAAGGCGUCGGUGCAACCGUGAGACGAUCGAUCGGCCACCCCUUGCUCCGGCGCCUGGAUCCGUUCCUGAUGCUGGAUGAAUUCCACGUCGCCCUGCCGGGGGGAUUCCCCGACCACUCUCAUCGAGGCUUUGAAACGAUUACAUACUUGCUCCCACACUCCCCCUGGAAGAUGCUCCACGAAGACUUUUGUGGUCAUAAAGGCGAGCUUGCCCCUGGUGUCCUCCAGUGGAUGUGCCCUGGGCGUGACAUUGAGCACGCUGAAAUGCCAGCGAGUUGCGACGCCCCUGCCAUCGGCCUUCAGCUGUGGCUCAACUUGCCAGCGCAUAAAAAGAUGAUAGACCCCAAGUACCAAGAGAUUCCCGCAGCAAAGUUUGCCAAGGCCAUGGGGGAACAGGCCAACGUGUUUACGAAUGUCCCGAUCUCCUAUGUGCAUUUUACACUCACCGGCUCAUCCACGCACUUCCAUCCGAUCCCCACCGAUCACAAUUCGUUUGUAUAUGUCAUCUCUGGGUCGGGCCGCAUUGGUGGGGACUCUGUCGAGGCGCAUUCCGUGAUCCUACUCACGGCAGAUGAAGGCCAGCACGGCAUCACGUUGGAAACGAACGGGGAAGAAUUGCAGUGCGUGGUGUUGUCGGGGGAGCCCAUCCGCGAACCGAUAGAGCAAUACGGACCAUUCGUCAUGACGACGCGGGCGGAACUCCAGCAAACGGUCCAAGACUUCCAGCUCGGGCACAACGGGUUUGAACAAGCGAAGGCGUGGCGGUCCCAGAUUGCUCAGUUGGCGCACAUGCGUUGGCAAAGUCAUGUUAAUUCCAUUUCGUUUGCAUUGUGA